AUAUCUAAAUUCAAAGGUACCACCUUUUUAAUCAUUCAUUUCAUCCAUUUUCUUCAAGAUUCACAAUUUCCUGUUUCUUGGAAUUAUAUAUUUUUAUUAGAUCAGUUUUCUUGGAUUUCAGCCAUUAUUUCGAGGUAGUUUUUUGACCAAUCAUGGACGCUCCUGUAGCAGCAGAAGUAGAAACCAAAUCUGAGAAAUCUGAUGAGACAGAACGUGCUAAAAGCUAUGAAUGUGGUCUAUGUGACACCGAAGUUGUCUACAAAAUAGCCCAAGAACUCCUUCCAGGAUUGGCCUCAUCAUGUGUUGACAACACAACAGGUGGUAUUUUCACAAGUGCAGGUUCAGUAGCGGUUGAUAUGAGAAAAGAAAUGGCUGAUUAUUUAACACAACGAAGUGAAACUUAUGUGGCUGAAUUCUUACUUUCAGAAAAUUCCUCUGGGUCAGAAAUAUCUGAACAUCCUUUUGAUAUAAUUAUUAAUCUCAUUGAUGACUUUUCGGCUUCUAAAAGAAACAUGUUUAGUCGGGUUUCUGAGUGGGUACUAAGUGACAGAAGAGAAGAUAGGAUUGAUGAUUUUGUACAAGAAAUGGACAUUAAUGGGUUCUGGUUAUUAGCUCGAAGAGAAUAUGUUGCUUCAGUGCUGCUUAAAAAUGUCGACUACAAAAAUGCAUUUCAUUGUAAUAUGGUAUGUAGCUCCGAGGAUGAAAUCGUGAAGCAUAGGUUAGAAUGCAAGUUUAGACCUAUGGAUUGCACCAAUGAGGGGUGUACGACUAGAUAUUGUGCAGCUCAAAAGGAACAUCAUGAAGCUGUUUGUCCUUUUAUGAUACUCCCAUGCGAACAAAAAUGUUCAGAUUAUGUUAUGAGGCGUGAGAUGGAUAGGCAUUGUGUAACUAUAUGUCCCAUGAAGCUUGUGAAUUGUUCCUUUUAUACAGUGGGCUGCAAGUCUAGUAUAGCUCGGUGCAAUGUUCAGCAACACAAUGCUGAUGAUCUCUCUUCUCACUUGCUUUAUAUCCUACGAACCGCCCAUAAGGAAGCAAGUGAUGAUGAUCUCAAACACAGGGUGGAACAAAUCCGAAGUCUAUCAAAUAUCGACAAGUUGGCAAGAGCACGAGAUGCAAGGGCGUUGACAUACUUGAUCAAGGAUGCUGAAGCAAAGCUUGGACCGCUAGAAGUCAAAACCAAGCCACACACCGAGUCACAUGAAGACAGCAAUAAAAAGGAAUCACCAACAAAAAUUGAGCAAGUAGAUAAAAAUGGCUCCAACUCACCCAUCAAAAAGGAAGAGCAGCCAGCCAGCGAAACAAGGCCGUCAACUGAAAAACUAGCCAUAGAAGAAGAAGACACCGAGUUAUCCACGGAAAAAAUUGCGGGUUCACCAAUCAAAAUAGAGGAAAGCAAAGAUAAAGAGAAGUCGUUUUCCUCUCCAUCAAAAGAAGAUGGUGAAUACCGUGAGUCGCCAAUAAAGGGGGUUUCUAGUGAUUCACAAGAAAAAGAGAGUGAAAGAUUAGCAGCCAAAGAACAAGAUCAAUCCCAAAGAGAGGAAAACGUGACAACACGGUCACCAAGAGGAGUAAAAGUCGACGAGCCCAUGAAAUCACCCAAAAAAGAAACAAUCAGAGAGCCAUCCGGCAAUGCGGAAGAAGAGUCCAAGAAAUCAGCCAAAGAUGAAAAAAGCAAACAAUUAUCUAGUAGCAAUGAAGAAGAUGCCAAGAAAUCGCCUAAAAAGGAAACACUCAAACAGUCAUCAUCUAAAGAUGGCGAAGAAGAGUCGAAACAGUCGCCCAAAAAAGAAUUAUCCAGACGUGAUCAAGAGUCGAAAAAUUCACCCAAAAGAGAGACAUCCAGACGUGAUGAAGAGUUGUUAAACCAAACAGAAACAGAACAUGAUUCGUAUUACAGUGAUGAAGAGUCGAUGAAGUCACCAUCCUAACCAUGUGAGGUUAGCAAAUUGUAGUUUUGGAUACCGAAGUUUCUUUGUUUCAAAUUGUCAUUUAUAGAUUGCAUCCUCUUGGUAUAUCAAUAUGAAGUUUUGAAUGCAUACAGGUGGAACAAGAGAUGCUGCAAGAUUUUUUCCUACAGGAAACAGUAUAUGAUUAUUAUAUUUAUAUUAUAUUGAUCUUUAACUAGAAUGCGUACUAUAGAAAUGCUUAUAUAUUAAUUUAUGCAUGACCGGUUUUGUUGUUUAA